GGGGAAGCCGGGGCGGAGCCGGCGGCGUCCGGAGGGCAGAGCUACGCCUCCCUGGGAAGCUCAGCGGCGUUAGUUGGCGGAGGCGGUGCUCUGCCGGGCAGGAGACGCCCGGCUCCAGGGUCGGCGCCGCCGCCGCGCCCACUUGCGCCCGCUCGCGGGCUGGCUGGCCUCCCGCCGCAGGACCAGCGCGCCGCGCUCCCCGGGCCAUGCAGCGCUUAGCCAUGGACCUGCGAGUGCUCUCCCGGGAGCUCUCCCUUUACCUGGAGCACCAAGUCCGGGUUGGGUUCUUCGGUUCCGGCGUGGGCAUAUCCCUGAUCCUGGGCUUCAGCGUCGCUUAUGCCUGCUACUACCUGAGCAGCAUUGCCAAGAAGCCCCAGUUGGUCACCGGGGGUGAGAGUUUCAGCCGCUUCCUUCAGGACCACUGUCCGGUGGUGACAGAAACGUACUACCCAACGGUCUGGUGCUGGGAGAGUCGAGGACAGACACUGCUGAGACCUUUCAUCACUUCCAAGCCCCCGGUGCAGUAUAGGAAUGAACUUAUUAAAACUGCAGAUGGAGGACAGAUUUCACUGGACUGGUUUGAUAAUGAUAACAGUAAGAAUUAUAUGGAUGCCAGCACCAGACCUACUAUCUUAUUGUUGCCAGGCCUCACUGGAACAAGCAAGGAAUCAUAUAUCCUUCAUAUGAUCCAUCUUAGUGAAGAAUUGGGAUACAGAUGUGUGGUUUUUAACAACAGAGGAGUGGCAGGGGAGAAUCUGUUGACGCCAAGGACUUACUGUUGUGCUAACACUGAAGAUUUGGAGACAGUUAUUCACCAUGUACACAGUCUGUACCCUUCUGCAACUUUCCUGGCAGCAGGGGUUUCAAUGGGAGGAAUGCUGCUAUUGAAUUACCUGGGCAAAAUUGGGCCAAAAACUCCUUUGAAGGCAGCUGCAACUUUUUCAGUCGGUUGGAAUACCUUUGCUUGCUCGGAAUCAUUGGAGAAACCACUGAACUGGCUGCUUUUUAAUUAUUAUUUGACAACUUGCCUCCAGUCUUCAAUUAAUAAACACCGGCAUAUGUUUGUAAAACAGAUUGACAUGGAUCAUGUCAUGAAGGCUAAAUCCAUCAGAGAGUUUGAUAAGCGAUUUACUUCAGUCAUGUUUGGAUACCAAACAAUUGAUGAUUAUUAUACUGAUGCCAGUCCAAACCGUAGACUGAAAUCAGUAGGGAUUCCAGUGUUGUGUCUGAAUUCUGUGGAUGACGUUUUUUCACCCAGUCAUGCUAUUCCAAUAGAAACUGCUAAGCAAAACCCUAAUGUUGCUUUGGUUCUUACUUCUUAUGGAGGCCAUAUUGGUUUUCUGGAGGGAAUCUGGCCAAGGCAGUCCACUUAUAUGGAUCGAGUCUUCAAGCAGUUUGUACAGGCCAUGGUUGAGCACGGACAUGAACUCUCUAACAUGUAGUUCUUCAGAUGCAUUUUGACUGAAUCAUCAUAUAAAGGCAGCUCUGCUUAGUGCACAAAUCUUAACUACUAUAUAUAAAGCAAAUAAGCCAGUAGGUGGUGAAAAGGUCCAGAAUGAUGUGCAAAAACUACUUUUGGGGUAAACAAAACUUUGUAGCAAGAAAUAAAAUAUAGAUUUAGAUUGUAAUUUAUGUAGAUUUUAUUUUUACUAUGCCUUAUGAAGUACAACCUUAAAUAAAGUAGUACAAACAUGCAAUUGCACUUAACCAAAACUAUUGUGUAAGAUUUUAAUUCCUCAGGGUUUUAAUUUAGGCUAAAAUUUUUUUGGAUUACUCAUUUUAGGUGAUUUAAUGGUACUUUAAUAACUGUUAAGAGAUUUUGGUUAUUUGAAUGUACGUUGUAAGUUGGCACAUUCCUAAGGGUAUUUGUACCUAAUGAUGAUAACAUGAAAACUGAAAUAAGGCAAUAUGCUAAAUAUUUUAUGUAUUCUAACUUUAAAAGGCAAAUACAACAAUGUUAGACUGACUUCUAUACAUGCUCUUUUACUCUGAUAAUAUUAAAUUAAGGCUGAUUUAUGUUUUAUAAUGAUUAUAGUUUACAUGCUUAUUUUUAAAAUAGUAUCUAUGCAUACAUAUAGAUGAUUAAAUUAAAAUAAAAUCUACUAUUUUAAA